UGUGGUCUUCAUCCGGUGAACGAAAGCCUCCAUCUUGUUGCGCUGAGGCGAAGAAGAACAGCAGAUAUGGCUGACUAUAGCAGCGUGGCUCCCCCGUCCUCUAACGCCGGAGGUGGAAUGAAUGACGCUUUCAAAGAUGCGCUUCAGCGAGCACGACAGAUCGCAGCAAAGAUCGGCGGGGAUGCCGUGGCAGCAACCCCAACAAACGAAUUUGGCUACGGAGGCCAGAAAAGACCCCUGGAGGACGCUGGUGGGUAUUUUCCCAUGCCUAACCUGAAUAUCGACCAACCAGAGACGAAGAAAGUGGCUACAAAUGAUGCUUUUUCAGGAAUGGGAGGAAUGGGUGGCCCCCCAAGGGCAGCAUCAGAAGAAUUCAAAGUUCCUGAUGGAAUGGUUGGAUUCAUUAUUGGCAGAGGAGGCGAACAAAUAUCACGUCUGCAACAGGAAUCUGGGUGCAAAAUACAGAUUGCUCCUGACAGUGGAGGAAUGCCAGAUCGAUCUGUGACAUUAACAGGGCCGCCCGAUUCCAUUCAGACUGCUAAGAGACUGCUAACAGAGAUAGUUGAGAAGGGGCGUCCUGCCCCAGCUUUCCAUCACAACGACGGUCCAGGCAUGACUGUUCAGGAGAUUAUGGUCCCUGCUUCUAAAGCUGGCCUUGUCAUUGGCAAGGGCGGGGAAACCAUCAAAAGCCUUCAGGAACGGGCUGGAGUGAAGAUGGUAAUGAUUCAAGAAGGACCCCAAAACACUGGAGCAGACAAGCCUCUUCGCAUUUCUGGAGACCCCUUUAAGGUUCAGCAAGCAAAAGAGAUGGUGAUGGAGCUGAUCAGAGACCAAAGCUUCAGGGAGCAGAGGGGCGAGUAUGGUUCAAGGAUGGGAGGCGGAGAUAGCUUAGAUGUUCCUGUUCCGCGAUUUGCUGUUGGAAUUGUUAUUGGAAGAAAUGGAGAGAUGAUCAAGAAAAUCCAAAAUGAUACGGGUGUCAGGAUUCAGUUCAAACCAGAUGAUGGCACCACACCAGAUAGGAUAGCACAGAUUAUGGGACCUCCUGAUCAGGCUCAGCAUGCAGCAGAUAUCAUAACUGACCUGUUAAGGAGUGUCCAGGCUGGUGGGCCUCCUGGGCAUGGUGGUGGCAGGGGUCGUGGUCGUGGACAGGGUAACUGGAACAUGGGCCCGCCAGGUGGUUUGCAGGAGUUUUCCUUCACUGUUCCAACCAUAAAGACUGGCCUCAUUAUUGGUAAAGGUGGUGAGACUAUCAAGGGCAUCAGCCAACAGUCUGGGGCCAGAAUUGAGCUGCAGCGGAAUGCUCCACCCAAUGCUGAUCCUAACCUCAAAAUGUUCACAGUUCGGGGUUCCCCUCAACAGAUAGACUAUGCCAGACAACUGGUGGAGGAAAAAAUUGGAGGACCUGUCACGCCAAUGGGUGGCCCUCAUGGCCCUCCUGGUCCACAUGGUGGUCCAGGCCCACAUGGUCCUCCUGGACCACCCGGUCCUCCCGGGGCUCCUAUGGGUCCAUACAACCCUGGACCAUACAACCAGGGACCUCCUGGACCACAUGGUCCUCCAGCACCGUACCAGCCUCAAGGUUGGGGCAAUGGCUACCCACACUGGCAGCAGGGACAGCCUGACCCAAGUACAGUUGUAUGUUCUCCAGAUAAAGCAGCAGCUGAUGCCAAUGCUGCGGCUUGGGCAGCCUAUUAUGCUCAGUAUGGCCAACAGCCGCAGGCUCCCAUGACCCCUACCAGUGGUGCUCCUGGAACGAAUCAGCCCAAUGGCCAAGGUGACCCACAGGCUGCAGGUCAGAGUGGACAGGCAGAUUACACCAAGGCCUGGGAGGAAUAUUACAAGAAAAUGGGUCAACAGAAUCAGCAGCCUCAGGACUACACAAAAGCUUGGGAGGAGUAUUACAAGAAACAAGGUCAAGCUGCUCCUCAGGCUGCACCGGCUGCUCCAGCCUCCCAGCCAGGAGGUCAGCCUGACUACAGUGCUGCCUGGGCUGAAUAUUACCGACAGCAGGCUGCUUACUAUGGCACGGGCAACCCUCAGACAAUGGGUGCAGCACCACAGGCCCCUCAGGUACUCUCUUAAUAAGAAUCUGCUCUCCAUAUUGAUGGAAAUAUGAAUCGCCAUGUGCCCUUAACCCCUUUACUUCCCCAGGUUUUACAGGACUUUCCUGGGCGUGGCGGCUGUGUGCAACUAACAACAAUUUCUUUCCUGCACAGGGUUUGAUAUUUAUUUUGGGAAGCUGAUUCCACUGUUUCUGCUGUUAACAUGCAAUGUAUUUUCUAUGUAUUUCUUCUGCACAGGGCCAGUAAUGUGAAGUGGACAUAAAGUAAAUGCUACAUUGUCGAAACAAAAUCCUUUGUUAAAUGUUUGGAUGCAGACGCCUUGAUGAAGAUCUUAACUUUCCUUGGUUUGAAAGUGUUUCACAUAGAUGGCAGAUUACCCGGCGACCACAUCCUUUUUCUUUUUUUUUUUUCUUUUUUUUUUUUUUUUCUUGUUCUUGUAAAUGCUUUGUUUUUAGUGAGGUAACUAUACAUAUGGUCAUUCCACCCCUGUACCUACGUUAAAUGUGGUUAGAAGUCAUGUUUAUUAAAUUGUAGACAUUGCCAUGUAAAUCAUCUCAGUUUUAAAAUGCUAUUGCCUGUUGUGUUUUGCAAUAAAACAAACUGAAAUCUUCUGUGUUGGUAAGUUGGGGUGGUUUUAAAUCAAGAGGGUUUGAUAUAAAUUUUUUUUUAUUGUUUUUUUACUGUAGGAAAUUAAGGGGGGAGUUUCAAAUGCAGGAUGUUUCUGUCCUGUCUCUCCAACUGUCUAUAAAGCUCUCAGAUAUAUCACAUUAAUGCAGCAAAUCUGGAGUAAUUCAGACCCAUGCAUAUCCUUGUGAGAAUUACACUUCUUUCCUGAUUAUUGGUCUGGCUUUAGCAGUUGAUGUAUUUGAGAAAAUUGACAGGGUGUUACGUUCCACAACACACACUGUGUUCUGAGGUACUGUUUACAAUGUUGGGGUAGUAUGAACUGUCUCUUGCUUUGCUUAGACACUUCCUCCUCCACAGGCAAGUUUUAGGAAAGCGGUAAGCAAGCACUUCUCAAAAUGUUCUUAAAAACAUGGUUGCAAAUAAAUAUAAAGUUGUUGUUUUUUUUUUUUUUUUUUUUGGUACUGUUCUUUUGCAGGACAGUAUGGUACAUUGCUAAUCCAUUAAGUGUCAAAAUUUUACUUUUUUUGCCUGGUGUCAGUUUCAUGCAUAAAGUUGGAAAUUUUUCUUUAAACAAAAACUGAUAAAGCACACUGCAAAAUCAUUUUUGCUGUGUCUAUUCUGUUAGUUUCUGAUGUAAGAACGUAGACUUGUAGGGUCGUUGCUGGCUAAGCCGUCUUCAUCCUUGAAUUGAGCCCUCCCAUACUGUAAGUACAAUACCCUGACUUUGAGAGAGAUGCCUUUUUCAAUGCUUGAAAAAUUGUAAAAAUUUGUAGUAUUGUAAAAAUUUAUAUUUCCCCCCCAUAUAACAUCAUGGGUAAGUAUAAAAUGUUCUGAGGAGAGGCAUAAUAAGAGGUUUGAUUUUUGUACCACAUAUUUGAGAUUAUUGCUUUAAUGCUUUUACAUUUAGUUUUGGUAUGGUGAAACCGUCUGCAUUGUAGAUUGUUUGUGUAGGUAGCAUUUAUGUGCCAGUUGGAUUUGAAGUGUGAAUCGAGGGUUUAACGUCAGCAUUGCCUAUUACACUGUUGGUAGGAACGUGAUGGAUGUUCAUGUGGUUUUUGCGUUUUGAAUAUCUGUUGAAUAUCUGACCUGCAAAGUGCUGUUGUCUAGUUGACUUUUGAAAUGCCAUUUUUUGCCACAUCAAGUCCUCUUGCAUAAUGCCAGUGUAGCAUGCUUAGGCCUUUGCUGUUAACUACAAUGUCCAUUGAGCAUGUGGAAUGUUAGUUGUGGAAGUGCUUCUGACCAGCUCAGUGAUGCAGAACUGAUUCAUUUUCUGAAUGAGCACUGUUGUGACAGGCUGCCUAAUUGAAGUCAACUAUUUGACUGAAUUGUUCACUGAUGGCAAACAGUGCAAUAUCUGAUCUUUGCAGUGUCAUCCCAGACUUGCACCUUAGGUUCUGCUGCAGUAACUCAGGUAAGCAAAACCUAAGGAAUCCAGUGUGCUGUCAUGUGACAUGACCAAUAUCCAUGCAAAGAAAUGCUUACCGUGUCGUUACAUGCCAAAAUGCAUCUGUGCUUAGUUCUACGUAAUGUGCAGGAUAUUAUGAACAGCCCUUCAGAUCUGCUAUCUUGAAUGAACUGCAUGAUAUGAGCUGUCUGACUUUAAAUUUUUCAAACUGACUUCUCCCAACUUGUGUAGGCUCAUGAGGAAAUGUUGUGGUACGUGCUUAUAUUUGAUGUUAGCAUUAUCUUUGAAUUAUGGUAAGUCUGAUGGUGACUGUAUUGAUGCUCCAGAAACAUUUGAUGCUGGUUUAACAAAUUAUAUGCCAUGCAGACCUGUUGCCAGAUGUUGGCAAUCGGGGUUAUUAUAACCGAAAAAUAUUUUUUCCUGUCUGAAUCUGCCUCAUGUGCAGUGCAAAACUGCUAUUGAAACGCUGCUACCUUCACUUCUCGCUCACAGUGUUGGAGGAUGCUGCAAGCUUAGGUCGUAGAAUCAGGCCCUGUCGUAGUUUGUCCCAAAAGGAGGAAUCCUUUGAGUCAAUGCCACUGCUGAACGUAGCCUGUUCAAGAGCUCCAGUAAUAAGGUAAAACAGCAAUGUUAUGAAAAUCAAAUUGUCAUUGCAAAGUAAUAGUAAUGUGACAUGUAUUGAGCUUGGAUUGACAUUUAAUCAUGUCAGUGUGUUUAGAGUUGGUUUCAUCUUGAAUUUGCUUCAGUGCUUUUGUUAAACUGCAGUAAAUAGGAAUGUUUUUGGUGACAUUGCUGUAGAAAGUUGGAUGAGAACAGGAACAUAUCUCCCCCUCCCCCCAAAGGGGCGGGAAAAAAAUCACUGGAUUGUGCACAAUUUCAUUAAGUUUGGGGUUAUUAGUCUGCCUCUUUUUCCUUCCCCCUCCCCUUACUGUGUACAUGCAAUAUGCUCUGCUUUUGAGCACUGAGUGUUUGAACAUUUUGGGGGUGUAGAAGAUUAAAAGUGAGAAAUGAGCAUGCCUUAAGAGGUAAAGAGGUUUCUCAUGCUGUAUAAAUGAUCAAAUCCUGUUGUGAAUCACUGUUCUCACUUCUGCAGCGUUGCCAUGUAAAUAAAUUGUAACCAACUGGA